AUGUCUGGAACAGCAUUGUAUAUAUCUCUGCUCUGCCUUCUGUCUGUGUGCUCUGCAUGCUAUAUCUCCAACUGCCCAGUAGGGGGCAAGAGAUCCUUGAUAGACAUCCCCCUACGCAAGUGCCUGUCAUGUGGUCCUGGAGACAGGGGUCGCUGCUUUGGUCCCAGUAUCUGCUGUGGACCAGGUCUGGGCUGCUAUAUUGGCUCUCCAGAGGCAGCCGCCUGUGUUGAGGAGAACUAUGUGCCGACCCCCUGUGAGACUGGAGGGAGAGUCUGUGGCUCUGAGGGGGGGCACUGUGCAGCACCAGGGGUCUGCUGUGAUUCAGAGGGCUGCAAAGCUGACCAGUUGUGUUUGGUGGAGGAGGAGGCUGAGAAUGAGAACAGUGACUCUGACUUUGGUGGGAACAUCCUAAUGAAACUGUUGCACCUAGCUGGCCAACAUCCUUCCGGAAGAAUCCACCAAUGA